CUUGUGUUGUGUUACAGUCUGUGUGAUCUGUGGUUUCAUCCCGUUUUCCAGUCUUUCGGUGUUUUGUUUUAUUUUUUGCAAGAAUGAUUUUACUUUAUUGAACUAUUUCUCCAGGCAUUCGUAUGUGGAAUGUUACUAAGCGAUCACACAAUUCGAGAUUGAAAUAUUUUUUCUAUAUUCAUAAGUAAACAAAAUAUUGAGGUUAUUUAACUUUCAAGUUGCUUUAAUUUAUCAACAUGGUUCAGGCUACAGAUGAGAUGGAACAACCUGAUUUGCCACAAGCAGUAAAACUGCUCAAAGAAAUGAAUACAAAUAUUCAACAAGUUUCACAACUAGUGGAUAAUAUGUUGGUGCGUGUGAAAAGUGGAGAAAUUUCUACAGAUAAGGGUUUAAGUUUUCUAGAAAUGAAAUAUCAAAUGCUUCUGAGUUAUUUAAUAAAUUUAACUUACAUAGUGUUAAGAAAAUGUUCUGGUGAAAAAAUAGAGUCUGACCCUUCAAUAGACAGACUUGUUGAAAUCAGAACCGUGCUUGAAAAAAUUCGUCCAAUAGAUUCUAAACUCAAAUAUCAGAUAGAUAAACUUGUUAAAACCGCAGUAGUUGGUACAGCAGAAGAUGACCCGCAAUCAUAUCAUGCUAAUCCUGGUAACUUAGUAAGUAAAAUACAAAACAGUGGAGAAGAGAGUAGCAGUGAAUCUGACAGUAACGAUACGAAAGAUAAGACUAGCAAAUCAAACAUAUACGUACCCCCUAAACUAGCAGCUGUACAUUACGAUGACAGUAUAUCACGCAGUGAAAGUGAAAAGAAAAAUAAAGAGCGAGCGAAAAAACAAUUUCUUAAUUCUAGUGUAUUAAGGGAACUUCGUGAUGAGUAUUCAGAGGCACCGCUAGAAAUGAGCUCAGGAAAUCAUGUCAAACAUUCCAUAUCAAAAUAUGAGCAAGAAAAGACAGAGUAUGAAGAAAACUAUCUAACUCGCUUACCAGUCACAAAAGCUGAAAAAAAUCGAAGGAGAAAAUUAACAACAGUAGGUAUGCUUGCUGAUGAAGUAACAGGGACUCGUAGCGCUGCACGGAAACACAAGAUUAAAUCCAAAAAAGGUAAGGGGUUCAAAAGGAGACGUACACAUUGAUUGUAUUAAUUACUUUGGUUUGAUUUUACUUACAUGUUUUUAAAAUCAAGUGUAGUCACAUGAAAAUACAUUUUUAGAAGUGCCUCAUUUGUCUUUUUAAUGAAAGAAAUAAUUGUUAAAGCUUAUUUUUGCCUAAAUAAUAAAAAAAAUAUGAGCUACUUUUAUAAUAUUCAUAAGUAAUCCUCAUAGUUAUAAACUUAUCAAAAUUAGGGCACCCUUAUAAGCAUUAUGUUGAUUUUGGGAUGAUGUUAUUUUUGUAAUGAAAAUUAAAACUAAUUACAAAUGUCAAGACAAUAAAUCCAGAAUCAGUGCAUAGUUUUAGUUACUAUUAAAAAACUGUUACAUAUUAAUAGGCCUUUGAUGUUUACUUAAAAUAGGUAGAAACCUAUACUUUUGAUUAUAUUAUAAUGUUCUCACAUUUCACUGCAUGUUUCUCUAAUAAUAAUAAUUAAUUAUCAAUUACAAAAAUUAAUUAUCUAAAAAGUGUAGAAACAAAUUAUUAUAAUUAUUUUACCUAAUUUUGAUAAGAAUAUAAUAUUAUAAAUUAAUAUUACAGUAAAAAUAACUUCACAUUUUAUAUUAACUUAUAAUUAACUAUUUAAAAUAAGUUUUAUAUGUAAUUCAGACUGAUUUAUUUACCUGGGAGAAUUAAGGAAAAGAGAUUCUCCAUACUGUUCUACUUAAAUAAAACACAGUACCAUAACUUGGUAUAUGUAUUCUGUCAAAGGUACAUAUUUACUUGUGAUGCACAUUAUUUUUCAAAAUAUUGAUAUUUAAGGUCAUAAAUACACAUCAACUUGGAAAGAGACAGCCACAGUAUCACCUUUCCUAUACUAAAGCCAUUCUCAAUAUGCACUGUUUACCAACAAACAAAUUAGAAAUGAAGGUAGAAAACGCAUGUCAUUUCAUACCUUAUGGGCUUGAGUUGCAAAUGUGAAAAUCCCUUUGUGUUGUUAAAUAAGUACUUAUAUGUUAUGACCUUAAAAGUGCAGACUUCAUUACAAAAAUAUUUAAACAAAGCCAAAAGAUCUGUAAAUACAUUGUGACAAUCCACAUUAUUAUAAGUUACAAUGACAAAUUUUACUGAGCAGAUGUAAUUUUGAUUUUGCUACUUUUUAAAUACUUAGUUAAUCAUUAUACCAAAAACCUACAUAGGUUAUAAAAGGCUCUAUAAUUAUUACUGUAUUUUUUAAUAUACAUAUAAUAAAAAAUAUAAUUAAAUUUCACAAAGAAACAAGCGAAAAAGUAUCAUUUGAUUGGUGGAUUUUUAAUAGUCUUUAAUGUUGAAUAUUAUUUGUGAAGCUUAUAUUUAAUGUGGUUCUAUGAGUAGUGCAAACUGAUGAAAAUUUAAACCUCCCUAAGCUAUAAUGUAAAUGCUAAUAAUAAGUAAUACAUAUAAAAUAUAGAAAUAAAAUAAGAUAUGUUAUUAUAAUAAAGAAUAGAAACUUUUAGCAUACAGGGUACUCAGUUGGACUUUGCACAUGCACAGUAUAUUUGAGCUCCUAUUAAAAUUAAAUAUCACACAUAAGGGUCUCAUUUGUUACAAUAAAAAAUAUUUUAUCUAUUAUUAUUCAAGCUAAAAAUUUUAACAAUCAUUAAUUCUAAGUAAAAAAUAGAUAAAACACCUUUAUGGAACUUAUUUGCUGCUGAACUAGUAAUAACGUCCGGGGAGGUGCUACAUUACUUUUAUAUGACAAUGCCAUAAGUACCAUUAUAAUUUUAAUUUUAAAUAAAAAUUUCGUUUACUUAUGCUUAGGUUCAUCCUAUACUCAUAAGUCUGUUCAUAGUUUGAGUUUACUCCUUUAGAAUAGAUUUUCAUACAUAGCCCCCGGUAUGAAAAAAAUAUGGGCAGUAAAAUUCGAUGAACGAAUGACAGCGUUACGUUUGUGCGCAACCUAUUUCGCGCACCUUUCACCGUGCGCGCCCGCCAGCAGCGUGCACAUGCGUGCGGGCGCGCCCACACUUUGUAGAUUCAUGGUGAUACGUGAACGCUUUGCAUAUUUAAACUAUAGUAGGAGUCAAAUCGGGUAUUGGAUGUUAAGGAAAAUAAAAGAACAAGAAAAAUACUUAAUAAUAUGUAUUUUUUUUAUUAAUUGAAACUACAACAAUAGACGUGUACAUUAUUUUUCAUUAUUUGGCUAAAAUGGUUAAGUAACAAUUAAAUAAGUACUAAUAUUUUAAUUAUAUAUCAUUAUGCCCCAGUGUAUUAGGGUACCCAAUUCCGUUCAGUACGGAGUUCAAGGUUGUUUUGUGUUUUGUUACUUAAGCAAACAUUUCUUCUCGGAAAAGGAUCGUGACCGUAUUGGUCUAAGAUCCGGCAUUAGAUAUAUAUACCCUCAUCUGUUAUUAGUGCUAUGAAAUAAAUAAUGGAUAAUUUUCAGUGACACAUUGCAAAUAGGUUGCCUUGUUGAAUUGCGGCCAAAUACAUUUUUCUCAAAACUUAAUACAGUUAAAUUAACCAUAAAAAAGCUUUUAUUUGACAUAUUAGACGACUAAAUAACUGAUGAGGGUACCUAAACAACAUUACUUAACUUGUUUAUAUCUGGCAACUCCACAGUUGCAGUGUGAAAGCAGGUAACCAUUACUUUUUCAAAUCUUUUGGGUAUAUUCUAUUAAUUAACUAGUGUCCGAUUUUUUAAGUAACCAAUGGAAGGAGAUUAAAUAAAUUAAAAAAAAUAAUCAUUUACUUACUUGAUUUUGACAUUUUAAUUAUUUUAUUAUUAUUAUAUCGCUUUGCUGUCAACAGCGUCAACAUAAAAAAAGAUCUAGAAAACCUAGAAAAUUUAGUUUAUAGUUCGCCGAAUGCAGGUUGAAACAAAAUAGCUGGAAGAGAUGUGUUUGGGUACGACUUAAGCGCGCGGACAGGGGUCGAUGUUAUGAUUCCGCUUAGUGUGCGUUGCAACAAGGAGUUUCAUACAAAGAAUAGUGAACGGUUUGAGUUGAUACGGUGUCGAUCCUCUUCUGAGAAUUUCCGAUAUUAAUGCAUUUUUACUAUACUUGCACCAACGAUAUUUGGUCGCGAGCCGUUUUUAAAAUACUGGUAUAUUUAUUAAUAAACACAUGUUUUAUUUAAUUAAGUAGGUACUUUAAUUUAAGGAUAAAUGUUUGUAUUAGAUUUAUAUACUUAUUUUACAUGAAGGAUAUUUUUUUUGUUUAUUUUUAAUAUCUCGUAAAUAAGUUAAUCUAAGUUGUUUAUUCUAAACAUUAACUACUUUUAUUUUUAACUCUCGACGUACGAAAGAGUGGUGUUAUAAUUUAGAUGUGUGUUUGUAUGGCGGAUGUCUUCGGUUCUAGCGAAAUUAGUAUGUCAUUUUAGCUUGCUAAUAACCAACGAAAUAUGAAAGAUGGCCAAAAUUGUCCAGUACAAAGUUACCAGUAAUUAUUAGAUAAAUACUAAAAAGCAGUUUAUAGGAAACAUUAGAAAAUUACAUUUUAUAUGAGACGUACCUAUAUAGCAUUUCAUUCUUGCUAAAAUUAGUUUCAAAGACAGCUUUUUAAUAUUUAUGUAAUAUAUGAAAUUGCUAUAAGUAUCUAGUUUUAUCUGUAAAGUCUACUUUAGUAUCAAGAACCAUAGGUAUCUAGGUACCUAAUUCUUCAACUGUUUUAUUAUUUUAUUAUCAUUUUAAAGUUAACGUUUUAUUAGUUUCAAAAUGGCCAACAAUACACACAAUGUAUUUUAUUCCAAUUCGUUUCUGAUAUGGUUGUUUCAUGCCCAUUGUUUAGGUUUCAUGUUUUAUUUUUUCAUUUGUUGAUUUCUUUGGUAAGGAAGCGAUUAUACCUAUACCUACAUAGAGUCUGUCAAUAUUAAGUUACUUAAAUAGACUUUGUUCUUUUUUUACUUUGAAGUUGUUUUGUUUAAGUUUUCGUAUAUUAGGAACGUAUUGUAUUAUGAUUUUGAUAUUAUUAAGCAUCCAAUAAAAAAAAUUAUCAAAAUAAAAA